CCGAGCACCGGGUCCCGCCCUCAAGAGGCGGGGCGGGCAGUGGUUAUAUCAGGGCCUUUCCGAACGGCACCCGCCGAGGUGUACGCAGCUGCCCAGCCAGUCCUUGGAGAGCCAGAGGCGGGUGCCGAGUCAGGAACACACCGACAGCCCGAGGAGGCACCAUGUCGCAGCUGUCUGAUGAAAUGCCACAGUCCCCCCGCCGGAGCAAGGCCUGCCGCCGCCUCUUCGGCCCCGUGGACAGCGAGCAGCUGCGCCGUGACUGUGACGCACUGAUGGCCGGCUGCCUGCAGGAAGCCCGGGAGCGAUGGAACUUCGACUUUGUCACCGAGACGCCACUGGAGGGCAACUUUGCCUGGGAGCGUGUGCGGGGCCUGGGCCUGCCCAAGCUUUACCUGUCCCCAGGGCCCCAGAAUGGCCACGAUGACCUGGGAGGGGGUAAGCUGCCUGGCCCCUCAGCGGUCCUGCUGCCGGGCUCAGCUCGGGAGGAUCACCUGGCCCUGUCGCUGUCCUGCACCCUCGUGCCUCACUCCCCUGAGCGGCCUGAGGAUUCCCCAGGUGCGUCUGGCAGCUCUCAGGGACGAAAACGGCGGCAGACCAGCAUGACAGAUUUCUACCACUCCAAACGCCGGCUCGUCUUCUCCCGGAGGAAGCCCUGAUGGGUCUGCUGGAGACUGCCGCUCCUGGAAGCCCAGGGGCCCCUUGAAGGCUCCCUUGCACCUCUCUGCCUCCCUUGGCCCUUCCCUAUGUGUGUCUUAAUUAUUAUUUGUGUUUUAAUUUAAACUCUUCCCUCAUGUACAUACCUGGGUUGCCCUGACUCCCCUCUCCCAGCCUCUGGCAUUACUUAUUUAAGAAGAAAUUAGGCAGUGGAGUAAUAGGUGCCCCGCCCCAGAGUGUUGGGUGUUUUUAUUAUAUGAACGGUUAUUUAACGCCUUCUGUCCUACGCCCUUGUCUAUAGGUGACCUGGGUCUGGCUCCUCCCCGGGCCAGCACCUGUCCUCAGCCCUGGCCCUUCCCUGCAUUCUCAGUGUGAAUUCCUUGAGAAGGAAACUCCCAGCACUUUGGAGGGGGACCAUCCCCGAGAACUACAGGGUCCCCUUGCCUCCUGUAAGGUUGCACAGGGGACUCUGAGCUGGGCACAGCCUAAACAGACCUGAGGACUCAGUGUUCUGCUGGCCCUAAAGCCCUCUGUCUUUGGAAAGAAAGGGUCCUGUAGCAGCCCCUUCUAUGGCCACUGGGGAGCCUGCUGCUCACCCCCCAGCAGUUACCCCUCAUUCCUAGCAGGGCUCUAAUGUCCCUUCUGCUGCUCUCUCUCUUCCCUGCCUUGUCCCCCCAGUGCCCUCCUAGCUCCAGGUAGCUCGAUGGCCAGGAAGGGCAAGCAGAUAGGCAGCCCAGGCCUGCCUAUGUGGUGGCCCUGGGAGUGGGGUCCUGCCUGGUUGGAUGGCCUGCUGCAGUGGGGAUCUCCAUGAGGGGGUGCUUGUGGGAAGUGGGUGUUUUAGGAGGGAGACCCCCCGUCCCUGGAAGUCUGUCUGCCCCAUCCCCUCCCCAUCUCAUUGCACUUUGAGUAGCAGCUGAACAAGGAGCAGGGGCAGAGGCUGUGGAGGACACAUGGGGUGGGGCUGGGAGUGGUGGCUUUGUGUCUCUGGAGGUGCUGAAGCAGUUAGUGGUUCUGAUCCCAAGCCCCUUCCAACUCCUGUGACGUGCUGGCCUGGAAUGUUUUUGUCCCUCCCCACAUGUCCCAGUGCCCUUGUCUCUCCACCUAGACCACACACCUCUUGGGGGCAGGGAAUACGCCCCCUUCUUCCCUGUGUCCUUCACAGCCCCUCCCCCAGUGCUGAGUAUACAGCAGGUGCUCAAUAAAUAUUCCUUAAUAACUUGUG